UCUAAACCUCUCUCUAUCUCGAAUAGGGGGCUCGAUAGUUGGGGAUAUUCUAGAGGGAGCAUUAUUUAGCACAGCGAGUAUGAUCUAUCGAACAGUUGACUUUCAAUCAAACUGUACGCUUGACCAAUACAAUUGGACUAUUCCAUCGACAUUCAAUACGACCGACCCACAAUAUCAAUUCGGAAUCUUCAACGCCUCCACCAAACGCGGCACAGAUGGGAUUCCACUGUUUGGGUUUAUGAGCUGGAGCCCCCCGUUUUAUGUAUAUAAUAAGACAACUUCGGCAGCGACGAGCCCACUCUCACCAGCAUUUACACAAUCGGCUAUGGGUGAUGUGGGAACGACGACUUCAUCAGUGACAUCAACGUCGCUAACCUCUACGCAAGCACUGCCAGCAUCAUCAAUUCCAGCUUCAGAUAGUUUAUCAACUGGGGCAAAAACGGGCAUCGGUGUGGGCGUCACAAUUGGGGUGAUUGCUCUAGCAGUUCCGGCCUUGCUUUUUUUCUUCAGACGAAGAAACACAACAUCGAAGAAGAUACUAGCACCAGCAUCAGCACCAGUCCCAGCACCGAUACCCGCGCCAGGCAUCAAAUUAGUGAGCGAGAAGGAUAAUAGCCAGAUAUAUGAGUUAGAUGGCAUUGUUCAACGAUAGCAAUGGAUACUCUCAACAAACGUAGGAGUCAAGAUAACCAAUGGACAGCAUGCACUAUCUUG